AUGCUUUUAUUCCGGAAUCGAGAGGCAUCCGGGGACCGAGGGCGGGAAUGUGGCACGAAUACGAGUGUGAAGCACGGAGAUACCCUUCCCGCAUCCGUCGCUACAGCUUCCCCCACCCAUUGCCCUCGCUUCCCCCGCCCAUCGCCCUCCUUCCCCCGCCCAUCGCCCUCGCUUCCCCUUCCCGUCGCCCUCUCUUCCCCCUUCCGUCGCCCUAGUUUUCCCCCUCCCGUCACCCCCGCUUCCCCCUCCCGUCGCCCUCGCUUUCCCCCUCCUGUCGCCCUCGCUUCCCCCUCCCGUCGCCCUCACUUCCCCCUCCCGUCGACCUCCGAUCCCCCUCCCGUUCCCCUUCCGCCCCCCCCAUCCUCCUCCCAUCCCCAUCCCAUCCCCCUCCCAUCCCCCUCCCAUCCCCCUCCCAUCGCCCUCCCAUCCCCCUCCGAUCCCCCUCCCAUUGCCCUCCAAUUUCCCUCCCAUCGCCCUCCCAUCGCCCUCCCGUCCCCAUCCCCCUCCUGUCGCCCUCCCAUCGCCCUCCCAUCACCCUCGCUUCCCCCUCCCGUCCCCCUCCCAUCCCCCUCCCAUCCCCCUCCCAUCGCCCUCCCAUCCCCCUCCCAUCGUCUUCCCAUCCCCCUCCUAUCCCUUUCCCAUCCCCCUCCCAUCGCCCUCCCAUCCCCCUCCUUUCUUCCUCCCAUCCGCCUCCUUUCCCCUUCCCGUCGCUCUCGCUUCCCCCUCCCAUUGCCCUCGCUUCCCCCUCUCGUUGACUUCUUAUCCCCUUCCCGUCCCCCUCCCGUCUCCUGGGCAUGGGGAUUGGGGCAAUAG